UUAGUCCUGAUCCCUCUCACCUGUGUUGCUCCCUCCUGCUCGUUAGUCCCUAGUGUUAAAUGUUUGCUGUUUCUGUUCAGUCUCUGUCUAGUUAUUGUCGUGUUUGGAGUGUUCUGCCUGUCUCUGUGUUGCCUGAUCCGCUGUUUAGACAUUUUACACCCGAACUGCAUUGUGAUGGACAUACUCAACUUGUGGAAUGAUGACCCGGAGGAGGUUCUCUUGGACCUGGGCUUUGGUUGUGAUGAACCUGACCUCUCUGGGCGCAUCCCGGCACGAUUCAUCAAUCAUCAGUCUCAGGCCAGAGGAAUAAACCUCCAGGUCUUUCUAGAGACCCAGAAGAACCGUCUGGACUUGGAAAACCCAGAUGUCAGCAAUCGUUUUAGACAACUCGAGGUUCUCCAGCAGGUAACUACAGCAUUCUCCUCCUUGGUGGGGUCUUCGUCCUCCCCCUCGCUGCCUCCUGAGACCCGGGAGAGGAGGAGGCAGAUGGGCAUGCUGUUCAGACGAGCAUCAAAGAAGUCACUUAGCCAAAUCCACAACCAUAAAACCCAGGACCUAACGACACCUGCUGCAACCUCUCCUCCCUGUGCUGCACAUGAGUCACUGCAAAUUCCACCCAGCCUUGCAGACAAGAAAGUCUCCUUAAAAAGAGUCAAACCUGGACUUCUGGAGACUGUGUGUCUGUGUCCUUUGGCAGAGGAGCAAGGAACUGGUCCAGACCGUCAGCCUCACAUGGUUUCUUCGAAAGCCUAUGAAGCACUCACACCCUGGCCCCUGAUGGAAGGUCAACCCCUGACGGUCAGCACUUUUUCACAGAGGAAGAAGAGCCUUGGGCCGGCCAGGGAAUCAUUUGAAAUAGAGGAGAUCCACAGUUUUGAUGAAUGUAGUGUCUACACGAGAGGAGCAGAAAACGUACAGGGUGUAAUACGGACCAACAGCUGCCAGUCAGACAGCAGUGGUUUUCUAGAGGAGCCCUUCAUACCUACCCUCUCUCAGCAGGCUUCACCAGGACCUGAUCACAUUAAGGCUCUGUCAGUCCUGUCAGGAGGGAGCAAGAUCAGUGAUAGGCCAGGUUGGCCUUCUUCCUCUCCUACCUCACCAUCUCUCCUGCUCUCCUCAUCUUUGGCCUCUUCUAGUGUUGACAAUUCUCUCAUCUCCUCACCCUAUCCUACACCAGAUCAUUCAUUAGUUUUUGACCCUUCCCCAUCUCCUGUCUUGUUGUGUCUCCCAAAAUCUGAUGUGCAAAAUUCAGAGAUAGAGACACCACCAGAUCAGGAUCACUCUCCACCUGCUUCACCAGAGUUACAGAAUGCAUCUAACUCCCAAUCUCCAACUCCCACUUCUCCUUGCUUCCCUACAUCUCCCCCCAUGCAACCUGCCUCAGUGAUUAGAGGGUCAGAGGAGAUUCAAACUGGGGACCCCCACCCCUCUACUUUUUCUCAUGACUCUAAAAGCACAGCAUGCUCUACCUUUUCAAGUGUCCCUCCUCCUGCCUCAUCUCCUUUUCCCUCUCCAACUCCAGAUUGGGACUGUCCACUGUCUGCCUCUAUUGCUAUGUCUUUUACACAGUCUGACUCCUCCUCUAGGAUUCCAGGAAAAACACAAGUCCUCUCUGCUUCUGGUGGAUUAUCAUCUCUGCUUCUGUCCUCCUAUUUUUCUCCCUCUGCCCCUCCUGAUUUUCAUCAUCCAUCCUCUUUAGCAUCUAAAGACUAUCCACUAAUUGAAUCCCUCUUACAGAGUCUAGAAAAUAAUCUUAAAGAUUCUCUUUUCUCAGACUCGGUUGGACUUGGCAUCCCCAAUUCACCUACCGGUAAACAAAAGAAAGAGGAAGAACACGCCUCCUCUCUCUCCUUUCAUUCAGACAAGGACAGUCCCCCAGUUCCAUCCUCUUUCAUUUUGCACUGCUCUAAAUUUGACAAAGGUUGUCCCACACUACCGUGCAUUUCUCCUGACGGUUCCAUUCCAUUUUGUCAGUCUACCUUGUCAUCACAACCUCAUGGUCCAGAUUGUUUUAUAGGGCCUGCUUUUGGAAGGAUUUCAGACCUGACAGGGCAGUCCAUCUCCCUACAGGACAGACCAUGUUCUCAAGAUGAUAACACAGACCCUGCUCCAGCCUCUCCUGUUCAAGAUGUUGUUCAUGUUAAGAUGGGUCACCUCGCUUUGGACUUAGAGGAUACCCUUCAGAAGAAUGGAAAUGGAGAGGUAGAGGUAGAGGGUGAGAGACAUACUGACACUGUGCAGACUCGAGAAGUUGAUGUUUACAUCUUAGAUACAGAGAGUUCUGCCGGUCUGUCAGAAUGCACUAAAUUAGUCUCUGAGGAAGUCUGUAACCAAACAGAUAUAAAUACACAGGUCCCCUCCUGUAGUUUGCAUGAUGAACUUUCAGCUGAAACUAAACCAGAAGAGUUUAGAAAAGUCUUUCAAGUGGAAAUGGAUGGCACAGGAAGUGGAUCAUCAAGAAGUGUUUUACUUUUACAUGAUAAAGUUCCAAAGGAUCUAAUCGAGAUUGAGAGCUUAGAUAUGGUAUUUCAAACCUCAGUGGAUGGCUCAGAAGCUGAAAAUGGAGAUGUGGAUGCCUUUUUUGAGCAGCUUGAUACUGAAGGGAGAGUCUACUGGGCAGAACCUAUUCAGGUUUCCAAUCCAACCCAUGUGCUUGAAGAGUCUGGCAGCUUUGAAGCCUCAGAUGGAUCUUCUGAGAAUUCUCUGUUGCCUAGAGGCCAAGGUGAUUCAUUUUCAUCCACAGGUAGAGCUAUGUCUUUAGUUUGGUCAUCCUCAACAAUAAUUGACAAUGACCAAACCUUAAGUAAUGCAACUGCAUCAUCAGGCACACCUUCCUCCCCAUUCCCAUCCUCGUCCGCAACCCCAGACCUCAAGCCAUCAAGCUGUUCUGUUUCUGUCCAGAUGCCCUCAUCUCUAUCUUCUCAUAUUGUCCACAGAAAGGAUGUUCCCUACAUGACUGACUCAAAAUGUACCCUUCUCCCUAGUGUUCUCCCUUUGGACACAUCCACCCCUUUCCGUGCAGUCCAGUCAUGGACAGACCGGCAGAUACAACGAAACACUCUCACCAAAAAGUUAUCACAUGGGGCUCUGCAUAUUGUCCCAAACGAAGUCACUGUAUCCACAAGUGAAUCCUCAGAAGCCACACAAACCCCUACACUGAUCUUUGCUUCGUCUUCAUCUUGCCCUCUACUGUCUAAUGACUGGCAGUCACAUGACUGUCUCCCUGGGAUGGUUAGACAGUUCUGUACUAUGUCUGUGGAUAAAGGGCAUGGGCCUGAAGAGGAAGAAGAGGUGGACAGGAAUGGGAAUGAAGAUGAGGAGAAGCUUUGGGAGGGUAAUCAGACAGCCAACAAGGCAUGCUGCUGCUCCUGUGACCAUCAGUGCACCUGGUGUAAUCAGAAGAGUUACAUCAAGCAACACACUGUGGGAAACAGUCCUGUGAGUACUGAGUAGCCUACUACUCUGUGUCCUAAUUUGACUUUACGUAUUCAGUCUACCAUACUCACAUGAAUAGCUUCUCAGUGUGUCAUCUGGUUCAGUCACAGUUCUGACAAUGUUUUAGAAUUCGAGUCACAUUAUAGUUUAGAAUUGUUUGCUGACAUUUUCCGUGUUUUACAGCAUGAAUACAUAUUUGCAGCUCAGUUAGAUGUGGAAAUAGAUGCUUUUUGACUGUAUUUGGAUAUGACAACCUUUUGCUUCUAACUUUAUCUCUGGUCCGUCUCUUUAAACUGAGCCCACAGGACAGCUGCUGUCCUUAAUUGUAUUUUUGUCUACUUUGUGAAGGAUGUUGUGAUGAUAAAAUAAUGAUUUAUCUGAAGCACUGCAUUUAAGCUCCUUGUAGCCUCCCAGCUUAACUGUGCGUAAAAGAUCUUACCAGCAGUGUGACAAAUAUGGGGUCUCAAAACCGAAGCCACUAUGUAUCUAUAGUUAUUAAUGCAUGUGGAAAAGUUGAAAAGUGAGGAACAGCACAAAAAUCCUUCUGACGAUGAAUAGACAGAAGGAUGGCAGGUGUUACAGCUGCCAAAAGUUGAAAAGUGAGGAACAGCACAAAAAUCCUUCUGACGAUGAAUAGACAGAAGGAUGGCAGGUGUUACAGCUGCCAGCAUAACGGUGCUAACAGUUAUAGGUUAGUUGUGCAAACAAUGAUUAGCCUAUAGUUUAAACUAUGCAGAUCUGCUCCUCCAUAUGCAAAAUAUUCAUAUUAUCAUUAAACUAAUACAAAAUGGGGUUUGGAACAGCACACAAGGUCCAUUAUAGC